UGUGGGGCGGAGGCGGCCUUUCCCUGCUCGCAGAUCUUCAAGUAAACACCGGGGGAGGAUCAGCCUGCACGCACCCUGCAGAAACGAGACAAGAAAAAAACACCAACACCCAGAAACAAAAUUGUCUUUAACCUAGCGUGUGAUAUUACAAACCUUAAUAUUUCACAAAUAAUGGGGCAGGAGGAUCUUAUGAACAAAGCCGAAGACGUGGCAGACCAGUUCCUGCGGGUGACCAAACAGUACCUACCCCAUCUGGCACGUCUGUGUCUUAUCAGCACUUUCCUUGAAGAUGGGAUCCGCAUGUGGUUCCAGUGGAAUGAGCAGAGAGACUAUAUUGAAGCUACCUGGAACUGUGGCUACUUCCUGGCUACAUGCUUUGUGCUCCUUAACCUCAUCGGACAACUGGGUGGCUGUGUCCUCAUCCUCAGUAGAAAUUUUGUACAAUAUGCUUGCUUUGGAUUAUUUGGCAUCAUUGCGUUACAGACUGUUGCAUACAGCAUUUUAUGGGACCUCAAAUUUUUGAUGAGAAACAUGGCCCUUGGAGGGGGUUUGCUCCUGCUGCUCGCUGAGUCUCGUUCGGAAGGAAAGAGCAUGUUUGCUGGAGUUCCUUCCAUGGGAGAAAGUUCACCAAAGCAGUAUAUGCAGCUAGGUGGCCGAGUACUGCUGGUGCUCAUGUUCAUGACCCUGCUACACUUUGACUCCAACUUCUUCUCUAUCCUGCAGAACAUGGUGGGGACUGCUCUCAUCAUCCUCGUGGCCAUCGGCUUCAAAACCAAGCUUGCAGCCUUGACCCUCGUCGUGUGGCUUCUGGCCAUCAAUUUCUACUUCAAUGCUUUUUGGACCAUCCCUGCUUACAAGCCCAUGCACGAUUUCCUCAAGUACGACUUCUUCCAGACCACCUCAGUCAUUGGUGGCCUGCUUUUAGUGGUGGCACUUGGACCUGGUGGAGUCUCUAUGGAUGAGAAAAAGAAAGAGUGGUAGGUGAAAGGCGAGAGAAUCGCUCUGCACCACUAAUUUCCCCCCACCAACUGGGACACAAAGACCUUCCCUCUCUUCCAGUUCUGCUCCACCAGGGUACAUGGGCCUUGUUCGUUUUUUUUUUUUUUCUCAAUAUAUACAUAUAUCUAUAUCUAUUUGGCCAAAUCCAGAAAAAAAUACUUCAGCCAUCAAUGGACAAUUUGUUGUCGUUUUGUUUUUUCCUAACUGCUAACUUUCUUUCUGUUUAUUUUUUGUUUUCAUUUUAGUUUUUUUUUUAUAACUUUUUUUCAUGACAGCAAGAACAUUAGUUGCCCGUUUAUUUCAAAACACAAAGAGAACAGAUGCAAAGCUUUUUGUUCUGUGUGCACAAGAAGAAUGAAAAUGAUUCAUUGUACUUUACAGGUGUAAUGUAAUAAGUUAUCAUAGAUUAACUUUCAUAUUUUUUAAAUAAACGGGCAAGUUACAGUGCAGCCAUUUGUGCAUCCCUGAUGGUUGCAAAUGAUUUCAUCCACUGGGUUCUUGGAGUGUCAGAGACUCGACUCAGUCUUUUGACCUUGGGCACUGAUUUGACAACUCGCCUUAAAAUCUAUAAGUUAUGUCUCUCCAGCUAUAUAGCGUCCAUUCAAUGGGUACACUUUCAGUCUCAACUGACUGGCAGCUCAUGUUGGUGGGAAAUGAAAUCUGGGUAUGUACUUCAACACAGGUCAACGCGGUUAUUAAGUCCAGAUCUCCUUAUUAGGCACUUUUGCACUGUUCAUCAUCGGCAAAUGCCUAACUAGUGAACUAUAUGUUAUAAUUUUUUUUUUUUUUAAGGGUAAUCAUAAGAGAGGUGGAGUCUCAACAGAUGUGAAACAUCAUAUUUGCAUUUCUAGAAGAGCAAAGAUGGCUAAGCACUCACUGGCCAACUGGACUUGCUCAGUGCUUUUUGCCUGGUGUGAGAAAAUCAGAAAAAAAAGAAGAAAAAAAGUAUUCAGUGUAAUAAUUUUCAGAAGUUUAUAUUGUAUUUUUGAUCAUGUUUUUUUUUUGAUUUUGGAAGUUCAUGGCGAAGAAAUAAAUCUUCAAAAAUAUGAAAA